UUGCGAUGCCGAUCUCCAAACCCUUCACUUGUGCUCGCAUACGCACUAUGGAGAAGACUCGUUACAAGAGCUCGUUUCGCCGCCGGAAAGCGUCAUCGGCGCACUUCAGCAGCUGCGGGAAUUGCGGAUCAGCGCGGGGCCGAAUUUCAGGGGGCUGACGGAAUGUGUCGGCAGCUGGAGUAACCUCCGACGGUUGACUGUCAGUAAUCUCGACUCGGCUACUGUUAAGACGCUUCCUGACGCCAUAGGCGACUUAACCCGGCUGGAAACCCUAGAAGUUGUUUUGGACGGGCUGGAGCGCAUUCCGGACUCCUUUCAAUGGCUGACCGGGCUGAAAAACGUCUCCCUCCAAUGCGAAAGCUUGCAGCGCCUGCCCGAAAGCGCCCUGGCGGCGCUGACUCAGCUGCAGACUCUCACCCUCCAGGGCUGCAACUCCCUUAAAGCCCUCCCUGAUACCCUCUGCCUCCUCCCCCUCUCCUCCCUCUCCAUCUCCUCUUGUGCAUCCCUGGACUCACUCCCACAACACAUCGGUGCCUUAUCCAAUCUGCAAACCCUCAAGCUCUUCAACCUUACUGAAAUCCGGUCUCUGCCCGAAAGCCUGGGUUAUUUACCCCGGUUGAAAACGCUGGAGCUGGACCUGCCCGCGCUGCAGCAUCUGCCCGAAAAUUUGUUUGAAGGGAGCUUGUGCAAUUGCCUGGAGGAGCUGAAACUGACAGACUGUAAGCAGUUGAAGGAGCUUCCCUCCUCGCUGAACAGGCUGACUCGCUUAGAGACACUCCAUGUCGAGUCAUGCUCCCUUAUAGAGUCUUUGCAGCCACUGGCCCCUCCAAGCUCCGGGGAAGGUUCGGGAACCGAGCCUGAACCUAUCAGUCACACCGAAAAGGUAAUGAUUGCGGUACUAUUCACGGCAGUGACCUUCACUGCGAUGGCUUUAAUUUCCGUACCGCUGCUCGCCAUACAACGACUCACAGAAAACGAUCUCCUAAGCGGGGGACUAGACAUGAGCCCGACUCAGCUGCUAGUACCGGCUGCAGGGCUGGCUAGAGCUGGAGGCACUAGUGUUGUGGCAAUGCUUGUGGUGUUCCUGGUUAUUGUUGUGGCGCUGCUGAUGGCUGUGGUUCCGAGAGCGUGGCUGUACCAUGCCUUGCUGCUCGCUGCUGCUCUGCUGGUCGCUCUGCUGCUGCGAAGUAGCAGUGAAGACAGCACCACCACUGACACCGCCACCGACACCACCACUGACACCACCACUGACACCACCACUGACACCACCACCGACACCACCACUGACACCACCACCAACACAGACACAGACACCACAACUGACACUGACACUGCCCCUGCCCCGGCUAGUGCCUCCGUCCCUGCCUUUGCUUCAACCUCUGCGCCGCUCUCUGCCCCUGCACCUGCACCUGCCCCUGCACCUGCCCCUGCACCUGCCCCUGCACCUGCCCCUGCACCUGCCCCUGCACCUGCCCCUGCCCCUGCUUUUGUAUCCAUCCCUCUCGCUGACUCUGCUACUACCACCACAGAUUACCAGCCUGGGCUAGUGUCCCUCACCGAACUAAAAAUUUCCAACUGCCCGCUCAUCACCUCGCUCCCCGAAAACUUCUCCCUCCCUGCCCUCCACACCCUGACCCUGCACUCCCUGGGCAACCUGGAAAAUCUCCUGGAUUUAUCAGGCAGGCGGCUACCCCACCUGAAGCACCUGAUGAUGGAAGAUGUGGGCGGGGAGGGUGACCAUGGCUGGUUGACUGUAUCCCGGGUGUGCGCACGGGCCGACUGUGGCUGUUACUGCAUAGCAACGUGCUGUUUCUUCUGCUGUAUGGAGUGGAUCUUUUGCUCCAGGUGGUUUUGCUGUGCGCGCUGCGCGUUUGUUCUGCCAUGGGGGGUGCAGGCACUUGGUUGGGCUGUCUUGCGUGUAGGCUGUACAGGUCAGCUUGCAGGGUAUGCAGGAGGGGUGGUAGGAAGCUGCUGUGAGUGGCCUGCGGCUGCAAAGGUGCUGGUUGUGCUCGAGGUGGGCUUUCUGUGCUUGAUGCGUCUUUGUUAUUUCGUGAAGGGUGCUUGCACUGGAUUGGGUUGUCUUGGUUGGAACCCGUGUAGGUCAGAUAACAGGUUAUGUGGGAGGGGUGGUAGGAAGCUGCAGUGAGUGGCUUGCUGUGACUAGUGGCAAUUCAA